AUGUGGACAAAGAGAUCAAAGUUAUGGAGGUUUAUGUUGUGCAUGUUAUUUGCCGCGUCGGCGCUCGCGCUGACGGCGAGAGGCGAUGACGACAUUCCUUCAGAAUCACAAUGCCGUCCAUAUAUCGAAAAGGCGCUUAAAGAACUCGAAUCGGGGGAUGUAGAGCCAGAAUCUUCAGAAAAAAACGAAUCCAGUGAAGUUAGUAUAGGUGACGAUACGAAAGAAGAAACUUCAGCAGAAGCGACAGGGACAGAUGACAGCAAAGAAGAUACAGAUAGCAAAGAAGUAGAGGUAGAUGUGCCAUCAGUAGAAGUUGCCGAUGAACCCUAUGUGUCCCAAGUAUCUUAUGAAGAAGGGGCUGAAAGCCCUGCUGAUGAAGAGUCUAAAGAAAAUGCUACUGAAGAAGAAAGUGAAGAUAGUGCAGAGGCACAGGCAGAUGAAAGUAAAGAAGACGAAGUAGGAGACAGCAAAGAACAAGCAUCUGCUGAAGAACAAGAAACCGAAAAUGAAAGUGGCGAAGUAGCAGGCGCGGCUGAUAGCCAAGAAGAUUCCGAAGGUAGCAAGGCAGAUAUUCCAGACAGCAAAGAAGAUGAUGCUAGUAAAGAGGAAGCAGAGGAAAAGCAAGAAUCCAAUGAAGAUGCUGAUGCAGCCGAGAGAGAAGGUGAAGGUGAAGAAUCCGAUGAACAAGACGAAAAUGUAAGUCAAGAAGCACCCGAGGGUGAAGAUAAAUCGGAGGAGUCUCCUGAUGCAUCUAAAGAAGUUGAUGAAGCCAAAGAUGUUGAAGGUGAAAGCGACGAAGACAAAGUUGAAGACGAUAGAUCUCAAGAAAAGGCUGAAUCUGAAGAAGGUAAAGAGGGAAGUGAACAAGGUUCUGACUCCCAAGAAGAAAAAGACGCAGAAGAAUCUAAGGAAGAACCAGAAGAAGGAAAAUUAGAUGACAAAUCAGAAGAAGAGACAGAAAAAUCAACUGAAGCCGACGAAUCUGCUGAAGCUAUUGAAAAAGAAAAGUCUGAUGAAGGUGUAGCAGAAGAAUCGGUCGAAGAAGAACAAGCCGAUCAAGCUGAUGACCAAAGUAAAGAAGAAGGGGCAGAAAAAUCUAAAGAAACUGAAGAAGCCGCUUCAGAUGAAGAAGCUGCUGAAGAAGAAGGUGCACCUGAAGAAGAUUUAUUACUCACUAUAGAAAUACCGGAAAAUCUGAGAUCACGUGACCAUAUCAUUCAGAUAUUGCGAUUGGAUGAAGAAGCAAGUGAAUCUGAACUGAUUAUAGAAAAAUCAGCUGAUAUUGUCCUAAGAGAUUUAAAACGGUUGUACGAGAAUUCUAUUAAGCCAUUAGAAGGCCUAUACAAAUAUAGGGACUUAAGCAAUAGGCAUUUUGGUGAUCCAGAAAUAUUCUCUAAACCUUUAGUGCUUUUUAUGGGCCCUUGGAGUGGAGGAAAAUCUUCAAUAUUGAAUUAUUUGACAGGAAUUGAGUUUUCCGAAUGGUCUCUAAGAACAGGUGCUGAGCCUUCUCCCGCAUACUUCAACAUCCUAAUGCACGGCAAAGAACCAGAAGUACUCGACGGUACCCAGCUAGCGGCUGAUUGGACUUUCUCAGGACUUCAGAAAUUUGGACAAGGCCUUGAAGAGCGUCUGAGAGGACUUAAAUAUCCCAGCAAAUUAUUGGAAAAGGUGAACAUAGUAGAAAUCCCCGGAAUACUGGAAGUGCGGAAGCAAGUAUCACGCGUUUUCCCAUUCAAUGACGCUUGUCAAUGGUUCAUUGAUCGCGCAGACAUCAUAUUCCUCGUCUACGAUCCUUCAAAACUUGACGUCGGACCUGAAACGGAAGCUAUCUUAGAUCAGCUGAAAGGAAGAGAAUCACAGACGCGUAUCGUACUAAACAAAGCGGACACGGUAAAGCCUGAAGAGUUGAUGAGAGUACAGAGUGCGCUGAUCUGGAAUAUAUCUCCCCUGAUGAGCUCGGCACAGCCUCCAGUGAUGUAUACUGUGUCGCUGUGGUCUCUGCCGCUAGAGGCGGGGGCUCCCGCGCGGCUCCUACAGGCUCAGGAGCGCGAGCUACUUCGCGACUUACGCCAGGCUAUCGACAAACGUAUAGAGAAUAAGAUUGCAAGCGCACGACGAUUUGCGGUGCGAGUGAGGAACCACGCUAAGAUGGUCGACUGUUAUCUAACUACGUACUACAACCACAAAACUAUCUUCGGCAACAGAAAGCUCAUCGCCGACGCUAUUAUUGAGAACCCUCAGAACUAUCACAUCUAUGAGGGUCUUAGUACACUUACCAACAUUUCAAGGUAUGACCUGCCCGAUCCUGAGACGUAUCGAGACUUCUUCCGGCUGAAUCCCUUGUACGAGUUCCAGCAGUUGUCUACGACGUGCACAUACUUCCGCGGCUGCCCCAUCACGCGGCUCGACGUCGCCAUCGCGUACGACCUGCCCGAGCUCGUCGGGAAGUACAAGAAGAUGGUAGAAACUGCCACCCCCCAGGGAAUGCCCAAGAGU